CUCGUGUAAACCGGCGGCGCGGAGACAGAGAAGAGGCUGAAGGGCGGGAGAGUUUGUUUUUGUUUUGGUCUCGGUUAGAAUGGUUUUACCUCCGUUUAUAGUAGUUUAUAACAGCGCUGUAAUGUCUGUAAGCAGGCUCACGGUUUGCUAUACACAGUGAGAAUGGCAGAGUUCUGUAUCUGCUGAAGAUUUCAGAGUUUUUAAAGACAGUCAGAGAACUCUCCGGCUAAUGCUAAGCGGGCUAAACUCACAGAGAAUGAACAGCAGAGUUAGCUCGGCUUAGGCUAACUGGGUUAGCUAACGGUACUGCUUGGUUAGCACUGGACUUCCUCCCGAAAUGGAGCGCAAGUUGAUAAACUUGGGGAGAGCGAAGAAGAAGCUUCGUUAUUUUCAACCAGAGGAAAAGGCUCCUUGUUCAAUUAAGAUAAAAGAUGUUUUCUCGCUGCAUGACCUUGAUGAUAUUUUUGAUGAUUUAGAUUCUGAGUCAGGGACGCCUCAGCUCUCCCCGUUGCCACAGAGCCGUGUAGAAGUUGAUCAGGUGAGAGGAAAGAAGUCACCAGCUCUGAAGCUAACGUCACCAUUUGGAGCUGAGGAGCCGGAGGUUUUGGCACCAGAAAAUUGCAUUCAGGAGGACCACUUAAAUGACAAAGGAAGCCCUUUUGAAGAGAUUGCUCCCAUUAAGACCUCCAGCCCUAUUGACCGGAUACAGGUUGAGGAUGAAGCAGCGGAUGCAGAAAGGCCAGAAACCUCCCCGAUACUUUUUGGUGUUGAGGAUGAGCCAGUUCAGGGUGACGUGAGCAAACCUUCAUCAACUCAGAAAUCCAAGAAUAUAAAGGAGUUUUACCAAUAUGAGUCACUGGUGUCUCCACCAGUACGGAUUGAGUUUGUAAAACCUGCUACGGAAGACGUUUCUGUAAGCUGUAUGCCAUUACUGUCCACAACUGCGGCAAGCAAAGGGUGCCAGACCAUAUCACCAGAAACGAAAGAAGAGUCACAAACAGAUGGGGAUUUAAAUAUUUUGCCUUUCACUGCCGAAGUUCGGAUCGAUCCUCCUCAAUCACUUUCAAAAGAGCAGCCUAUAAUUCAGUCCACUCGGGUGCCGGACAAAAAGUCGGACGCAGAAGUCAAACAGUCCUCGUUCCAGCAGAAGCUUAAAAAUGCCUUCAAGCCAAAAGCCGCACUGAAACCAGAAGUUCGGACACAACAGGCUCGUGCUCCUUCACCAGUUGAACUUGACGAUGAUUUUAUGAUACUGGAAGAUGACGCUCCCAUCCUGUUCACCAUUCCAAAGAGGACAAAAGCAAAACCUCCAGCAGAGGGCGAUGUUGAAAAGCCAGAGGGUAGCCAGAAGUCAUCUCAGAAUGAACCAGAUCCUAUAAAGAAGAACGAAGAUAAAUAUAAACAUGGAGAUGAAACUGAUGCUGCAAAAACGAAGAAAACAAAGGCCAAGCGUGGAAAAGUUCACAGUGUGAGUGAGAAAGACACUGUGGCUCAGGUGACUCCAGAGGAGACCCCAGACCCUUUACCUGAAGUAGCUGAAGUUUGUGAGCCCUCCCCUGUUCCAGAGGCUAGCCAAGAGGCUGAUUUACCUGGUAAACAAAGCACAAAACGCAAAACAUCUAAGUCUGAAAAUCUUGGCAAGGAAGAUGGAAAAGAUGAGCGGGUCAAAAGGAGAGUUGAAAAGCCAGCAUCUAAAAUUGAGAAACCUGACAACAUUACUGAUGAUACCAAUAAUAGACAUGAAGAACCUGCAACAAAAGUUAAAAAGAAACCCAGGAAAGCCAAAUCUACUGUAAAAGUAGGUGGGUCAGAGAGUGAAGAGCAACAUUUAGCAACCCCAAACGAGGAGGGGAAUGGCAACCCUACCAUGGCAAACAAAGAAAUGCCUGAAGGACUGGAACCGGUGCACAAUCUGCUCAACGACCCCGAAUCACCUCUGGAGUUCACUGAGCAACCAGAUGUGCAAAGUACCACGACAGUUAAGAAUGCAUCAAAACAGACUGCUACAAAGCCUGGCCCAUUCAAGAAGCCUAUAAAGGUCAAGAAGCUGGAAAAGACAAAAAAGGAUGCAAAGAUAAAAGAGCUUCCUGUGAGGGAAGAGGGUCCUGGGACGAGCAAAAGGAAGAGGAAACCACCUGGAGAAUGGUGGCUAAACAGUGAAAGUCAAAAUAAUGACAACACACAGCAGCAAGAAGUGGCAGUUCAGCAGUCUUUACGAGAAUUAAAACCCAAUAAGAAAAUGAAAAAAGCACUCCAGAUAUCAGCAAACCCAGCUGAGGGACAGGAGAGCCAGAGCGAGUCAAAUAAUUCUGUGACUGUUCAAAAGGUUCCGAGAAAGAACAAAAAGUCUGACUCUGCUGGUGACCAGAAAAAUCCCAAGACAGCUGGUGGCAGACGAAAAACAAAGUCGACAGCUCCGGCUCGGCGCAAAGCUCAGGAGAAGGCAUCAGCUCCUGUUGCUGAAGAAGAGGUGGCAGUUGAUGAGAAUGUUGAACAGCCUUGUCCAGCAGCAUGCAGUCCUCUUCCUAGACGAAAAAGCCUUACUCCAGGAGGGAAGAGGGUUUUUGAAAAUAUCUACACACGGGACAGUCAUAGUGGAUCUGCUCAGAACUGUCCUCCAUCUGCCCUCAAUCCAUCAGAGAGUCUACCUGGGAAGCGACAGAGAAAACCCACCAGCAACUGGUGGGAGGUGCCACAUUCUCAGGGAUCUGUUGAGAGCAGUAGGUCACCACUGAACCGGUCUCCACAGAAGACCAAACCACAGAUGGCCCCCCCAUGUAGUGCUUUUGACAGUGUUCCCAAUGUCGGCAGGUCACAGAAGACGGCCGUGGUUAAUGCUCAGAAAAGAAAUAAACUGAAUCUGGUACAAACACCAAGAACAGUCAAAAGGUCUUUGGCUGCAUUUGAUGCUAUAUUAGCCUCUGGGGAUCCUUGGCCAUUGAGCGUGAAGGCUCAAGAAAGCAGACAAAAGGGCCGCAGAAACCUGCUGCACUCUCUCGAUGAUCAGUCGGAGCAGUCCAGCGAGAACAUCCCCAGUGAUCAGCAGCAUGCUACCUUUGAUGUCUGUACCAGUGGUGUUACUGUGGAACCUUUUGCUGCCAGUAGGAGAGCGAGUACUAGAUUAUCAGCUGGAUCCAACAGGGCAUCUGAAUAUGAUACUGCCUUCAAAAGUGGCCCUUCAUCGAUGAUUGAGCUUGAGCGUUUUGAAGAGCAUGAGGAUUGUGACUUGCCCAAAUAUAGCAUGAUUCCAGACAUGCCACAUGUACCCCGCGUGCUGUCAGACUGUGAUUUUUGUGGCCCUCCGCUGCAGCCCAUUGUUUUAGAGUCCGACGACUGGGACAAUCUGUGUCUUUGGUUUGCUCACCUGUGGCCUUCUGCACCAAAAGAUGGCCAAGUAUUCAGCAUAAUUAGCCCAGAUGACUUCCACUGGCACUCUCAUGGUGGAAGAGCUAUGGGUCACAUGGUAGACUUUCAGAGCAACAAUUUCUCGAACGGCAAGAUUCUGUUGGGUUCAUAUAUGAAGAAACCUUUGCAGGAGGAUCUACAUGCAGUUACUGUGUUUAAUGUAGUGUCAAGUUCAGUGCGGCUGGAAAUUGAUGGCAUCAAGACAGUCUACAACUCAGGGCAAGCAUUUAUGACGCCUUGUGGACAAUCCUACAGCAUUCACAAUGUUUGCCGUGAGCCUGCUGUGCUGUGGUACACAAGGAUGCUACAAACCCAAACAAACUUGCAGAGCAAACAAGUCGAAGAAGGCGUUGGACAUAAUGUAAAAAAACAAAAGAAAGGAAAAAAAGUCUAAUUGAGUGCGAUGGUCUGACACCAGUGUGUAGAUACUCUUCUGUUUUAAAGUCAUAUGAAUUUAGUAGGCUCUAAAAAGAUUUGCUAACGUCUUUAGAUUUGUUUUUUAGGUUGCUUGUAGCUUUUUGUAAAUAGCAUUGUGGUAAUAAACCGAAGAGACUCAUUCUCGUUGUAUGUAUUUGAAAACAUUUAAAAAGCUUGUUAUUUAAAUGUAAUGUGUACUGGCGAGUUUUUAAUGUCAGGUGUGUCGGCACAGAACUAUUUUAAAAUAAAAAAACAAAACAUGUCAGUAGGGGGCAUUAUAUCAUAAUCUAUAUGUCUGCCUCCUUCCUUGCUCAAUACAAAUCCAGUGCUCAUUUGAAGAUGUGAAAUGUUUUGUCAGUCAGGCAUUGUCUUCGUACACAGUUGUGGACAGACCAUAAUAAACUGUCGGCAUCA